AUGGAGCUCAUGCAGGCUGCUUUGCACGCACUGAAGCCGCCCUCCUUUGCGGUGAGUGGCGCAUGUGAGAUUGUGGCCACCGGGGGUGGGCUUGUGCGUUUCCCGGACGCUUGCAGGCUAUGGGACAUAUCCGGAGUGGAGGCGACCGAUGUGAUUAUAUCCGGAGUGGAGGCGGACGAUGUGAUUGCGACUCUCGCAACAGAAGCGCUGCAGAAUGGCAUGAAGGUGGGCAUGCUGCAAGAUGUCAGUGACCUCUCCCACAUCCUCCCGCUCAAUGACAUGUCAGUCAUACACGCAAUCAUUGACUCUCUCUCUCUUCGUUCGCCUGUGCUUUUUGUUUCCGCCACUCUUACACCCCUUCAGGCGUGGCAGUCCGCGCUACCCACGUCGCACUUCUACACUUACGCGGAGGAGGACUUUCGGAGGGACUGGGGUGACGUGGAUCCGCCACUCUUUGCUGACAUCCUCGCCCUCAUGGGUGACGUCAGCGACAACAUCCCGGUUCGUGUUCAUGUGGUGUGGGUACUGGCAGUUCAUGUGGUGUGGGUACUGGCAGUUCAUGUGGUGUGGGUACUGGCAGUUCAUGUGGUGUGGGUACUGGCAGUUCAUGUGGUGUGGGUACUGGCAGUUCAUGUGGUGUGGGUACUGGCAGUUCAUGUGGUGUGGGUACUGGCAGUUCAUGUGGUGGGGUAG